CUUUGGUUCUCACCAUGGCCGACUGCAAGCUGGCGCGGCAGGCGAAGCAGGACAAGCAGAGCGGCGGCGGGUGCUGCUCUCUGCCGUCCAACGUGCCGGACGCGGUGGCGGAGCAGUUCCCUGGCGGCAUGGGCUGGUGGGACAUGCCCAGGCCUCAGCAGCGGCUGCCUGCGCUCCGCGGGGCACUCAAGAGCUUCCCCUGGCGCGAGGGCGCGCCUCAGCUCUCUGGCUGCGUCUUCAGCCAGGCGCCCGCGGCGGAGGCGGCAAAGUUCAUGUAUGAGGCGACCAAGGUGGACGGCGUUUGGGAUCUGCUGCCCGAGAAGAUCCGCGGGGUUUACUGGAUGCGCGGCAACGGCGUCUCGGAGGAGCUCACCUCGCUGCAGUACGGCGUCUACUACCCCGACCGCCGGCUCCUGCUCGUGCCCUUUGCGCCUGCGACGUGGGGUUGGCCCGCAGGCACGCCCGCCAAUGCUCCCUACGGCGGUAACAUAUACGGCGGAGACCUGACUUACCUCUCGGCGGAGACCCUGCUCGGUGACGCCGGCGCCACCAAAGACCCUGCUACCCGGUCCGCCAAGGACUGGCUGUGCUUCUCCUACGCCUGGCGAGAUAGCUCGCUCGAGGACGCGUCGCUCGGCGCGCAGUUCGGCCCGCUCGACCAGCACGGAGGAAUGCAGGUGGCGGGCUGCAUCACUGGAAAGUUUGGCCUUCACCAGCUGCCGGGCGAGCAGCCGGGUGCGCUCUGGAAUCGCUCCUGCAAGUGGGGCGUCGGCCGGGCCGCUUGCCUCGAGUUUGGGAGUUACACCCUCACAAAGGUGAUCGACGCGGCCGGCGCGCCGCUCGAGCCGAAUCACUCGGAGUUCGUGGACUACAUGGGAGACGUGCCAAUCUUUUGCUGGACCGGGUUCGAGGACGAGGGUGGAGAGUAA